AUGAGGCCUCCAACAUCAAGCACAUUCGCCGCCAGGGCACGUUGCGGCAGCACACAAUCGGCCGCCGCAUUACCUUUGAGCGCACGAACAGCUGCAUACAGACAGUUAUCCACAGCGUCUUCCAUCUCGCGGCAACCAGCGAUACACACAUCCCUCCCUUUGAAAACCUCACUACCAUCCCCAUUCCAGUACCUGCGGAGUGAAUUCCUGCCGCAGGACAUCCUCUUCCGCACUUCCUCCGCAUAUGCCCGCCACUUUUCCUCCCAGACCGCAUUACGUCAGCAGGCACAGAAGAAGAAGAAGAAGGCUGUAGCAGAGGAGCCUGAGCCACCACGGGAACCCAAGGAAUCUCCGACUUCGGAGCAGGCAGCCGGUGACAAGGCCAAGGAGGAAGGGCAGAACGGGGAAAAGAAGGCUGGCGAGGAAGAGGCCGGCGACAAGAAGGAAGGCGAGGAGGGUGAAAAGAAAGAAAAGAAGGACGCCCCACCACCUCCACCCCAUGGCGACAAGACUCCCUGGCAGGUCUUCACCGAGACUCUGCAGCAAGAAUUCCAAGCCUCCAAGGAGUGGAACGACUCUACAAAGCAGCUGUCCGGCUCGGUGCACGACUUCACUCAGAACCCCGCUGUUCAAAAGGCUCGCCAGGUCACAGAUGAGGCUAAGACAAAGACUGCAGAGGCACUCAAGGCAACGGGGCGGGCUGUCGGUCAAGGCGCAGCAUGGACGUGGGACACAAUGCCGGUCAAGGGUGUUCGAGCAGCCGCUAGAGUUACUGGAACUGGGCUCGAAUAUGCGACUCGACCAGUGCGAGAGACAAAGGCAUUCAAGGCCGUUCAGGAGACUAUCGAUGACGGAAGCUCGUCGCGAUAUGGAGGCUGGACAGAAAAAGAGGAACGCAGGAAGAGGAGGGAGCUGAGAGAGCUCAACGAACUAGAGCGGACUGGGGGUAAGCCCUCUGGGCCCUUGGUCGAAGAUCCGGAGGCCGGCACGAACGUCACCCUCCACAAGGACGCCAAAUACAAGGAGAUCUGGCGGGAAUGGAAGGAUACCUCCAAACUCGCCCAGGGCUUCUUCAGUAUGAAAUCCGUCUACAACGAAUCCGACAAUGCCCUCAUUUCAACCGCCCGCAGCAUCUCCGAUCGCAUCUCCGGCUUCUUCGCCGAGAAUGAGACAGCUUUGGUCAUUAAGAAGUUCCGGGAGAUGGACCCCAACUUCCAGAUGGAGCCCUUCCUGACUGAAAUGCGCGAGUACAUCCUUCCCGAAGUCCUGGACGCCUACGUCAAGGGCGACAUCGAAGUGCUGAAGCAGUGGCUGUCGGCAGCACAGUACUCUGUCUACGCGGCGCUGAUGCAGCAGUACCAGGCUGCUGGCCUCAAAUCUGACGGAAAGAUUGUUGAUAUUCGUGGUGUGGAUGUCCUGAACGCCAAGCUGCUUGAGCCUGGGGAGAUCCCCGUUUUCAUCCUCACGUGCAGGACACAGGAGGUGCACGUCUACAAAAACGCCAAGUCGGGCGAGUUGGCUUCGGGCAUGGACGACAAGGUGCAGCAGGUCACAUACGCCAUCGGUGUGACGCGGAUACCAGAGGAUGUCAACAACCCUGAGACCAGGGGUUGGAGACUGAUUGAACUCCAGAAGAGCGCCAGGGACUACUACUGA